AUGUCAACACUAGAUGCAUUUAUACAUGAUUUCAAAACAAGUAUAUCUAAAAAGGAUUCAAAACUAUUGAAAUCAUUAAUUACAAUAAAUCCAGGACAAAUUGCACAAGUUAGAAAAAAUUUUAAUGUACCAACAGUUUAUCAAAUGUAUUCAAUACCUGAUAAAUUUAGACUAGUAUUAACAACAUAUUUAAAAAUUUUAAAAUCUAUAUAUAUACAACAAAGUUUAAAUUCAUCAUUUGAUAAUUUUAAUGAAAUGUGUAAUUAUUUAUUAAAAGCAAGUGAAAGUUGUGAUAAUUGGAUUAUGCCAGUUAUAAUAUCAAGUUUUGAAGAAUUGAUUUUAUUAUAUAAAGUUAAACAAUCAAAAGAACCAGAAGAUUUAGAUUCAAUUUUAGAUGAUACAAUUGAUGAUAAUAAUAAUUUAAUUUUUAAUAAUGAAAAAUCAAAAAAAUCAUCAUUAGAAGAAUUAAUUUCAACUUUAAGAAAAGGUUUUAUUUUAACUUUUAAUGAUAAAAAUCCUGAUUUAAAACAAAGUAAAAAAAAUGAUGUUUAUUUUUUUUUAUCAAAUUUUGUCAAAUAUUGUUUUAAAAUGAAUAAAUUAGUUAUUGCAAAAAGUAUGAUGGAAGUUGUUAAAAAUUCAACUCAAAAAUUACCAAGUAUGAAUCAAAGUAUAAGUACAAGAAAACAUGGUAUAACUUAUUUAUAUUUCCAAUCAUUAAUUGCAUUAGAUGAUGGUGAUUAUUUAUUAAGUGAAAAAUUAUUAGAUGAUGCAUUAAAAUUAUUAUCAUAUUAUAAAAUUAAAGAUAGUAAACAAUUACAACAAAUUUUAAUAAUAUUAAUACCAUUAAAAUUAUAUAAUAAAGGAAAAUUACCAAAUAAUUCAAUUUGGAUUAAAUUUAAACCAUUAAAAAUUUUAUAUAAAGAUAAUUUUUUAAAAGCAAUUCAAGAAGGUAAUUUAAAAAAAUAUGAUGAAUGUUUAAAAAAAUUUGAAAUUUUAUUAUUAAAAAAACAUUUAUAUAUAUUAAUGUUAUUAUUAAGACAAUUUGUACAAUUAAAAUUAAUUAAAAAAAUUACAAAUAUUAUUAAAGAUAAUAAUUCAAAUGAUUCAAUGAUUCAAUUAAAUGCUUUCAAAAUUGGAUUUGAAAUAUCUUCAAAUUAUAAUGAAUUAACAAAUACAAUAAAUGAACCAAUAAAUAAAAUAAAUAUUUUAGAAAUUGAAAAUAUUAUUGCAAAUUUAAUUUCAAUUGGUUUAAUAAGAGGUCAAUUAAGUAAUAAUUCCAAUGUUAUAAUAUUAUCAAAAAGUAAACCAUUUCCAAAAAUAUUUGAUGUUAAAGUGGAUAAACUUGAUGCUAAACUCGAUAAAUGA